ACCAACGAUACCUUUCCGCUCAAGCCUACAUGCUUUGAUUUUUACCAUGAACUCGUCUCAGCCUGGGGUGGAGGAAGAGCAACAUUUAUUGCAGGACAAGGGACAUCCUGCACUCCUCGCUCUGGCCUUCGUUGGGUUAGGAUGGUAUAUCCUUCUGUGGGCAAUAGGCUUGCUGGGGUGCUUAGCUGCUCGAAGAAGAUACAAACAUAGGCCCCGUUCCCGUUUGGCUACCGAAUCCCCCGGUUCGGUCCCUGGAGUGUCAAUUCUUCGUCCCCUGAAGGGUCUCGACACCAACCUUUAUGAGAACCUCGAGUCGUCGUUUACCCAGGAGUACCCCAGCUUUGAAAUUCUCUUCUCUGUUGCGCACGAGGAUGACCAGGCACUCCCUGUCGCGAGAGAGCUUAUGGCAAAAUAUCCACAUGUGAAUGCCAAAGUCAUCGUAGGAGAGGAAAUUAUCGGUGUCAAUCCAAAAGUCAAUAACCUCAUACGGUCGUACCGCCAGGCCGCAAAUGACAUUCUCUGGGUACUCGACUCCAAUGUCAUGAUGCAUUCCGGUGCUAUGGCAAGGUCCGUUGAUGCUCUCCAGGGGAAAAGCCGCUCUGGCAGACGUAUCGCCCUCGUACAUCACGUCCCUUUUGCCAUCGUGAACGAAUCAAGGAUUGGUUCCAGACUGGACGAAGCUUUUUUGAACACGAAUCACGCGAAGAUGUACAUUGCCAUUAACACCGUGGCCAUCGACUCUUGCGUCAUGGGGAAGUCGAACCUCUAUCGUCGUUCUGAUCUUGAGCGAGUGAAUGGUUCACGGAAACCCAUUGCUCAACAAGACAGUCAGUCAAGUGAGCAGUGCGGGUUGCCUGCCUUUGGCCGCUAUCUUGCCGAGGACAAUAUGAUAGCAAGUGCACUAUGGCACGAACUAGGGGAAAGACACGACUUAUCUUGCGAUGUCGCUCGUAAUGUUGUGGGGAAAAUGUCGCUUUCCGAUUAUAUCCAGCGGCGUGCACGAUGGAUUCGCGUCCGCAAGCACAUGGUUCUUGCCCCGACACUCCUUGAGCCACUGACUGAAUCUGUCGUUGUUUCAGCCAUUGGCUGCGCAAGCCUGAAAUAUAUAUUCAAUGUCCCUGCAUUGCCAUUCCUCCUUCUCCACUUCACUCUGUGGCUCUCCGUAGAUCUAGAUGUGUAUUCUUCUCUGGCGGGACACCGUCUCCCUGCAUCCAUUCGAUGGGAGUUUUUGGGUGCUUGGCUUGGUCGCGAGUUAUUGGCGUUGCCGAUAUUCUUGUAUGCGAUAUUCGGGGACACCGUUAAUUGGAGGGGCAGACGAUAUCAGGUCCUUCGGAAUGGAGAAGUUCGGCCUGCAAGGGAAGGGCGCUGGUGUGGACGGACUAGUAGACAGUCGCAUGAUUAUGAACCUCUUGAAGUCGAGAUAGUAGAACACUAACACAAUUCGAACUUGGUAAACUGAUUCUUCCAUUACAGAAACGCGAUAACAAGUAGGUGCUACAGAGUUGUAAGUGAGAGUUGUAUAUAAUGAUAUAACGUGUAUGCUACAGCAUGAAUUUUCCG